AUGGCGUCACGAUGCCUUGUGCACAGCAGGAGAAUGCUUCCGUCUCAGGUCUUCGCGGUCGAUGGUCCACUCGCCAAAACUGCUGUAAAAGGCUGCGCAGGCAGCACAGAGCGCCAGCCGACGUCGAAGGCCAUACCCCCGCCCAUGCUAGCCCUUUGCGGGGCUCGCACUGCGCCUUCACCGCAGAAGCCAGCCCAAGUUCUGCAGCGUCGGGCAGCCGCGUGGAGCGCGUGGAUAAGCGCUUGGAGAGGACCGGGUGCGGAGGCCGAGAACACGCAACUGGCAGUAGUUCAGGAGCACAUGCUGAACAAGGCGGAGGAUUGGAACCUCAGCAUGUUAGACAUCGAAGCAGGGGCACAGUUAAUGCGUUCAGAUCGGCAAAGCCUGCCGACGGAGCUCGAUGAACGGGGGACCAUCCUGCUGUUCCUCUACGCCAAGGGCGUCUUGAGGCAAGAAGUAUCAGAGGCAAGAAAAGCCAAGCUCGCAGCAUUGCUGCUACCAGACGACAUCUAUGAGGAGUCGAAGCAGCGCCUGAGGCGCCUGGUGCUUGAAGGCGAACACAGCCAGAGUGUGCUGGACGACAGCAACUCCUUCACUCGCUUACUGAACUUACUCCCAUCGUGGCGGGAUAAUUUGUCCUAUGUGGCGUUCCGCGAUGAUGGGCGUAUAAGCUGCGGCCUGCUGGAGCGUGUGCAGCUCUCCGGACUGUGCUACAUGCACGCCCCAGUUGUCCUGCAAGCUUACCUCGUAGCGAUGCAGGCGACCGGCACAAGCAAGAUGCUGGACCUGGCAGACUACAUCCGAAAGUACAGAACCGCGAAGGAGCUGGAGGACCACAUCUUCAGAGACGAAGGCGGAUCCAGCCAGGCGUUCCUGAGAGAGAUUUUGUCGAACUCUUCGGGAGUCGUAGACUUCAGCUGCAGAUCUUUGGUAGACGAGAUUGUCGGGCAGGCCAUUAUCAAACGCAUUGUCAGCAACCUCAAAGAGUUCGGCCCCGCCCUCGUAUCCGGCUUCAUGGUCACCGAGAACUUCCUGGACGCCAAGAUCCACCAGUACUUCGGCCAAGACAACAGCAAUGAAGUCGGCCUUCAUGCCAUGGUUCUGGUCGGCCACAGAAAAGACGGCGGCCAGGACCGGUUCCUGUUGCAAAACUGGUGGAGCGACAAGGGCUUCAUCGAAGUAGACGCGGAGUACUUGGCAGGACAGCGAGCUUCACUGGUGUUUGUGCAGUCCGACCAGCCCGACAUCCCUGUUCAAUUUUCUAGGAGUUCGGCCCGCCACGUCGAACUGGAAAUGACGGUGAGAGAGCGGCUUCCGAUGGAAAUGUGA